AUGGCCACCGGGCAUCCCGUCCAAGAGCUCUGCGAGGAAGUCACUUGUCCCAUCUGCCUGGAGCAUUUCCAGGAUCCCACGAUUAUUGCCGAGUGCGGCCACAAUUUCUGCCGAGCCUGCCUGACCCAGAGCUGGGGGGAGGCGGUGGCAGAGGCUCCCUGCCCUGUGUGCAAGCAGACCGUCCAGACCAAGAGCCUCCGGCCGAAUCGGCAGCUGGCCAACGUGGUCGAAAUAGCCAAGAAACUCAGUCUGCAGGAGAGAAACGGGGGAGCAGCAAAGAAGGAAGAAGCCAAGGAGAGGAUUUGUGCCAAACACCGCGAACCCCUGAAACUUUUCUGCCAAACGGAUGGCAUCCUCAUCUGCACGGUCUGUGACAGAUCCAAGCAGCACAAACACCACGACGUCGUUCCUGCCGAGGAAGCUUCCCAGGAGUACAAGGAUAAGAUCUUCAACUGUCUGGAGACUUUGAGGACUGAAAAAGAGAAAAUUCAGGUGUAUUUAGCAGAUGCUGAAGAUGAAAGCCAAGAAAUGCUUAAAAUAAUGGAAUCAGAGAGGCAAAAGACAGUGGCUGAGUUCAGAACACUACACCAGUUGCUGAGAGAACAAGAAAACCGUCUGCUGGCCCAGAUAGGCGAGGUGGAGAAGGAGAUAGCCAGGAAAAGGGACGAGCACCUGGCCAAACUCUCUGAAAAGCUGUCCUCUUUCGAAAGCCUCAUCCGGGAGAUGGAGGAGAAGCAUCAGAAGCCAAUGAGUGAACUCCUGCAGGAUGUCAGAAGCAUCCUGCAGAGGUGUGAGAAGAAGGAGAACUUUGGGAAUCCAGAGGCUUUCCCUUCUGAACUGAAAUGGAGGCUCCAGGGCUGCUGUGAAAUCGGUCCCUUCCUGGCGGGUGUCAUAAAGCAAUUCAAAGACAUUAUGGUUUGUGAACUUCAGAUGCAAAAAGCAAAUGUGACUCUGGAGCCAAGCGGAACUAAUACCAAACUCAUCCUGUCUGAGGAUCGAAGAAGCAUAAAGUGCCGAAGUGAAGCUCAAGACCUUUAUUCCCACAUGCCGGGCAGUGAAAGAUUCACAGCAGGCUGCCAUUUCUGGGAAGUCAUUGUGGGAAGCGAGGAAGGCUGGAUUGUGGGGGUGGCCAGAGAGUCUGUGAAAGGGAGGUUCACCAUUACUCCUGAGGAAGGGAUCUGGGCCGUGGGGAGGAGUGGGGACCAGUUCAGGGCUUUCACAAAGGGCAUUUACCUUCCCCUGGCACUCAGUGGGGAGCUCAAGAGGAUCCGAGUCUCUCUCAACUACAAUGGGGGUGAAGUGGCCUUUUUCGAUGCCGACAGAGCAGCCCUUCUCUACAGGUUCUCUGGAGUCUCCUUCUCUGGAGACACCCUCUGUCCCUUCUUUGCUGUGUGCCAUAAAGGCUACAUCAGAGUCUGUCCUUAA